UGAACUGCCAAAAGGAGGCGCUGUUGUUCGUUAUGGAGGGAAGAAGAGGUCGCGGCGACCGGGCGCCUGAACAUCAGUUUCCUGGAGAUCCCAACACAACCAACAUAGGUUACCCACCAGUGCCGCCCCAGGGUUACUGUCAGUACGGUCAGGAGGGCAAUGUGCAAGCCAUGCCUUUUGGUCCUAAUAUCGACUACCAGGGAUUUACCGGUUACCAAGGUGACUUUGGUUACUAUGGAUAUGAGGGUCAGUACCAGGCUUAUGACAACAGCGACCUGAGGAACGACAUAAAACUUCUCAAUACUACGUUGACGAAGAGAUUUAAUGAAUUAUCCGAAACCAUGCAACAGAUCAAACAUCUAGGUGAAGCAAUGAAGGCAGUGGACGAGAAGAUAGACGCUCUCCAGGCGUCAGCCGGGGCGUCCCUUGACAAAAGCGUUCUGUCCAGGCUUCAGGAGCACGAGGACAAGCUGGCGUCUAUGGCUCAGGUUAUAAACGGGUGGCAAACAUUCGACAUGGAGCAGUGCGAAUCCCUCGCCUCAACACGCUCUGAUAUGUUGGAUUCCAUCGGAGGCAGAGCUGAGGUGAUGAAACCCCAGUUUGGGCAACAGAUAUCCACCGAUGAAUCAAAGCUAUCUGACACCGAGCUAACUGCCCCAAAUCCAGACGUGUUACCCAAUUACUCGUCGGCAACAGCAACUGCGAGUGGGGAUGAGAAUUCAGGGGAAGAAACGUCCUUAAAAACCACAGCGCCAUCUAGUAGACGGAGUGAUGAUCCAGCUACGCCAGUAGACCAGACACAAGUCUCCGGGGUCUCAUCAGUUCCCGUUGAAAGCAACCAACAAUUGAACCCAGCUCCAACCACGCUGGCACCACCUGUUGACGGGACACCCCUUGAGGAACAAUCAGGUUCCAUGACACAGUGGCAAAGGGAUAUAAUACGGAAAAACUUCGUGUUUCUUGUUGACAACUUACGGAUGGCGCCACUAUACCCCUACUUAUACGAAGAUGCUGUUAUAGCGGAGUCGGACCGCGAAACCCUUGAUAGAUAUGUCCACGGGGAAUUGGAAGUACGUCCGAUCACCCAGGUGCAAGGGCCUCAUACCGACACUGUACAAAUGCAGAUGGCCACGGCGGAAUCCGUGCUUCAGAAUGAUAUCCUGAACGACCAAAAGAGGCGGAAAGAUGUCAUCGAUUCUCUUAUCUGGCUACCAACUUCCCUGCAAGUUGAGUAUAUUUCCCAGGGAAGUCUCAUCUUUCACCUGAAGUUUGGAGACUUGGACCAACUGGACGCGUUCUGGCAGUGGUCACGUGGGCGGGACUCCCCGUUGAAAAGACAUUUGGAGUCUUCACUGCUGACAGACGAUAUCCGCCAUCUUGUUCCCGGGCUUAGGUUGACACUGGACAUAACUACGCCCAUGACGUGGGCAGAGUACCUUAAAAGACGAACACUUUUAGGGGGUAAAUUCUUAGACGGCUGCAGAGACGACUUUGUCGACCGCGGUCCACGGAAAGACCACCCCCCUUCCGCCCCCAAAGUGGCGGCAUUAUUGGAUUCCACCCGUGCCUUACCUUCAAAUGUCCCUACAUCAAAAGACGUUUCUCUUUGGGCGUUUGAGGAUGGGCGUUUUGAUGUUGUGACAAAAAUGCCUGCUUUUCGUAAUGAAAAUAAAAACUUUGCAUUAGAUGAUCUCAAGCGCGAGCGGAUGCAGAGAUACUUGCAGGCUAGGGAGAAGCAAGUUGCUUCCCUGCAGAAACAACUCGAUGACUGCAAUCAGGAACUUGAACAUAAUAAACGUGAGCGGAUACGAAGGGAUGGCGAGUUCGAACGCCUUUCUAAUGUCCUCGGAGAAACCAAUGGUAAAAUUCUACAGAAGGAAAUGGAGUUGAACGAUCUUCGGCAAAGGUGCAACCGAAGUGCUGGAGCAAUGCAAGAAAAGGAGCAUGAAAUCGCGGCACUGCAAAGUGAAGUUGUGAAACUUACCAACGCUCUUGGAGAAAAGACUGAAGGAAUUGCUGUACAAACGCUCAGGUCACAACUGAAAGCAGAGAUGGAGAAGGUUGAAAAACUUCAACAAAGUGUUGAGGAGGCAGAGCUAACAACAUUAGCAUUUGAGGUUCUAGCCGAGGAUGUAGGAAAAUUUAAAGUGACCGCGGGCCAAAGAUGUAUGGCGUUAGAGCUGGGUAGAAAAACACGACAUCUGGAGAAGGCAGAAAACCGUCUACAACAAGCAGAAACUAAAAUUGAAACACUCGAAUCAGAAAAAGCUGAUCUGUUAAAGGCUUUAAAUUCAUGUGAAAAGUUUUUGGAAAAUCGUCAAGACAUGACAGAACAAAAUCUCAUAGUUGAUUUAAAGCAAUUAACUAACAGGUUCUUUUGUAAACCUGGUGGACAACAAGGUGAAAAUAUCAAACCUAAUGGUGCGGAAGGAUAUGGUGUUCCUUCAAAAAAAGCUAGCGCUGCCGACCCAAUUCUAAAUGAAGGUCACUUCGAGACCGAGCCUGGACUGCCCCUCGAGCAGACGAUAGAACAAACAACAAAAGUACAGACAAUUCCGAACACAAAAGAUCAGCAGAAAGAAACGCCGCCGCCCAGUGUAUCGAAACCAAUAACUGAUCCAAGAACAGGAAGAUGGAGUAAGAGGAAGACAAGCGGUCUGGACACUGUGCUGUGUGUGGACGUCUCUGGCAGUAUGCAAGGAGAGCCCUUCACUCGGCUGAAGAGAGGGAUUAACCAGAUGCUGGACGACAUGGAAUAUGCAAACAACAUCUACGAGUUUGAAGAGGACGUGGCUUUGGUGACAUUUGGGGGAGAAAUUGCGGCGACUGUAGUGCCUCUUACCACGGAUUACUACCAGAUAAGACGUGCACUAGAAAAUAUCCAACCUCAAGGAAUGUCCCCCCUUGUCCCCGGGAUAUUAGAGGCACAGCGGGAAAUUCAGAGGAACUCUGGUCAGUUGGUGGUAUCCGGGAGGAAGGUCUCGGCCCGUAUCUUGGUGUUUACAGACGGUCACCCUAGUGAUGAUAACGACGUCGGGGCGGAGGACGUACCAUUUGGGUCCACCACGGCGAAAUAUAAGACAGCGACGGCCCUUCAGAUGUACGCUGAUGAUACAGACCGUCACAAUAAAGCCGCCACCACUUUCAUUGCUUGUGGGGGGAAGAUUGAUACGAAUUUCCUGACAUCCGUCGUUAAGAUUGGGAAUGGUGUACUUCUUUCAGCUGACGAUGACGUCACUUGGCGGAAACUUGGCGGGUAUUACAAAAGAAAGGUAUGGGUGUGCCGAUUUGCUGCUCCAUUUAAAGGUACAGACGACAUGAAGAGACUGGUGGGUCAGGACGUGAAAACAUUUGAAUACUGGAUGAAGGCCACCAAGGGCGCCGAGAUCAUGGAGGCCGACAUGAGUGAAUUUGAUAUGAAAGAAAUGUUCAACAUGAUGCUAGAACUGCAAGAGAACGACAAAGAUGACGACAGCAGGGAGAGUGACCCGGAAGUACAGGUCCAUCUCCCAAUAGGAACAAGGGUCCGGAGAGGCCCCGACUGGAAGUGGGAGGAUCAAGAUGGCGGCGGACCAGGCACUGUGGUCGGAUAUGGAAAACGAAGCAAGUGAAACUACUCUUUAAAUUUAUUUUCACUUUUGUUUAGUCUUUCUUGGUUAUACUUGCAAGGAGUCAUCCGUUCUUGUUAC